GAACCCCAAAUUCUCCUUGGUCUCCUACAAGCCUAGGGUUAGUCAUCAUCUCCAUCACUGAGCGUAAAGGUUACACUAUCUCCACCCAUCGCCAUACCUUCAAUCUGACCACCAUAUGCAUAAAGGAUGCAGGAUUUGAAGAAAAUUAGCGAGAAGAGAAACCCAUAGACAACACUCAUCGGGAAAUUCGUGACAGCAUCAGCUACAAAAUUCAUGACGGCAUGGCCCUUAACCUCUACUAUAACUUAAGAAUCUCUAAAUGUAUGUACUUUUGUCCCUAUCUCUUGCCUAAUUAUUCCGUACACAUUCUUAAAUUACUGAAAUUCUAUAAUUCUAAACAUUUGUCACUGUCAUGUGAUAAUAUUUUUUGUUCUGGAGAUUUUUAUGAGGUGAAAGGGUUUUGCAAAGUUAAUUAUUGUAUCCAAGUAGUGUGGUGAUAGUACCCUUAAGUUGAUUUUACUGUUAAUUCAUCAUGCUUUAGUCUAUUUAUUUUUUGAGUUUUGUUGCUUUUUAUUUUUAUUUUUCCUUUCUGUUUUGUAUUUUUCAUUUGUUGAAUUUUUUGAUAUUGUGGCUAGGGCAUCAAGUCAUUCUCUGUACAUAUUGAUAUCGUGGCUUUUUAUCGAUACAUAAAGCUGCCCCUAUAUUUAUUUCUUGGAAUUCUCCCUUCUACUAGUAGAUGGAGUUUUAAGAAAUCAAAAUAAAUGGAUCAGAAGGAACAAAUUCAGAUACAUCUGCUUUCAACAUCAAUACUGGCAUAUAUUAGCAGUAAAAAGUGGAAAGAGGAGAUCUCUAAUUCCCAUUUCUGGUUGGAGUCUGAAUGUGAAGAUCACUUAUAUAGUGAGAGUGGAGUUCAAGGAUUUGUAAGUCUGAAGAAGCUAUUCUUGAAGAAAGUGCAACACAAGUUAAGCACAGGAGGAACCUAUUUUCUGUUUUGGUAGGACUUUUUUAGAAAAAUCUUUUCAUUUGUACAUGUUACAUUCUGUUCUCGUUUGUCGGAGUUGACAAAUGUGAUGUCGUACAAUUUGGAUGGAUACAUUUCUUUUGUUUUUUUGUAAUGUGAUGCUUUAAUUCCUUGUAAUUAACUAUUAAAGUUUGUAUAAAAUUGGUAAUUUGAUUUGUUUUUA